UCCCGCCCCCUCCGCCAGGCUUCGUUCUGCAACAGGCGUGGGUCACGCUGUCGCUCGCUCUCUUUCUGCCGCCAUCUUGGUUCCGCGUUCCCCGCACAGCCUCCUUUUUAUUCCCUUCAGAAAUGCCCGGUGAAGCCACAGAAACCGUCCCUGCUACAGAGCAGGAGUUGCCACAGCCCCAGGCUGAGACAGCUUUGCUUCCUGUGUCUUCAGCCUUGAGUGUCACUGCUGCUUUAGGGCAGCCUAAACCUACCCCUACCCCUACCCCACCUUGUUCCCUGGCCUCCCAACAAUGCCCUCUGGCAACCCCUAACCAGCCUUCCUCAUUCCUUUCUCCCUCUACUAUUGCCUCAACCCCUUUUGAAGCUCCUUUUCCUGAGUCAUCCACUGGGACAGCCCUGCCUUUGGGAGCUGCCCCUCCCCCCGCUGGCACCCCAGCUUUCCUACCAAACCUAAUAGGGCCUCCCAUCUCCCUAGCUGCCUUAGCUCUGGCCUCUCCCAUAAUAACUCCAACUCUGAAAGGUGUUCAUUCCUCUUCAGCUCCCUUGGCUCUGGUGGCCUUGGCUCCCCACUCAGUUCAGAAGAGCUCUGGCUAUCCACCUGACCCUCUUAGUUCACCUCCUUCAGUUGCUGUGAUUGAGUCAGGGUCAGUGACAUCUCUGUCAGCUCCAGUUGCUUCCUCAGAACCAAAGCCCUCUCCUCUUCAAGCUCCCUCUCAAGUAGUCCCUAAUCCAAAAGGUACCCCCAGCUCUCCAGGUAUAGUCAGUGCUGUUACUUCCCAUCUUGUAACUCCUUUGGCCUCUCUUCAGUCUGGACUAGCCUCAUGUCCUCAGAUGCCACCUGCCACUCCCCUAGCCAUCCCUUCCCCUCAGGUCAAAGGCAUCCCUAUUUCCUCAGCUCUGACUUCUCCACAAAACCCUGCAAGCCUCAGCCUAAAGGGACCCAUUAGUCCACCUGCUGCUUUAUCUCUUUCAACUCAGUCUAUUCCUGUGGCUCCUCAUGCCCCCCCAGUUUUCCUCACUUCUCUUGGUUCUCCUGUUCAACCUUCAGGUUCUAAUAUUCUGUCAGAUCCCAUAGAGGAUACUGUUUCUGUAGAUCAUUCUUCCACGGGUACCUCUUACCCUUCUCAGAGAUCUCUAAUUCCUCCCCUUCUUUCCAAAAUUGAGGUGGUUCCUACUGCUGUGGCUGCUUUUCCGGUGGGGGCUCCAACUUCCCCUCUGGCUCUGUCUGCUGACAAAGGCCUCUCUACUAUCACUGACAUAGCCUCCUCCAAUGUAGCUACCUCUUCUCUGUUAUCUCCUACAGCCUCUCUCAUUCUCAAAGACUCUCCUAGUGCUGCUCAUCAGCCUUUGGUGGCCCAGAUUCUCGGUUCUUCUCCAGGGAGGCCAGGCUUGAAAGAAGCUCCUGUUUCUUCUGUUGGAACCACCCCACUUGGGAUGGCUAACUCCUCUACAGUUUCUGCAGCACCUGUUACCUUUGAGGUAGCUGCUUGUGUCUCUCUUCCAGUUUUAUCAGGUCCCAUGAGCAGUAAGGACUCAGUUUCCCAAAUUGCCUUGGUUAUGGCGCCUGUGGCUCCCAAAGAGCUUCCUACUCCUCAGGUAACCACCACUUUGGGAAUACCAGUCUCUCAACCUCUGCCAGCCCCCGAGGACCCCAAAAGGCUCCCUGUUUCACCAGCCCUGGCAGCCCCUAAAAAUCUCCCUUCUCUCCAAAGUACAUCAUCUUCUCUGGAGAUAGCUGUUUCUCCUGAAGCCACCUUAGCAAAGAAAAGCUUCCUAGAGCCUCUCCCUGUAGUUAAGCCAGCCAGUACUACUACCUCUUCUCUGGGGGUCAACUCCCCAACCUUUAUAAUCAAGACAGAUUCUUAUGCAAGCCCAGAUCCAACUAGUGUGCUUCUCAAAAGUUCUCUCACUACCCCAACUGUAACUACAUUUCCUUUGGAAAGCACUGCCAUUGAUGGGAUGGCUCCUACAACUGCCAAAGGUACCUCCCCUCCUACACCUGUAGCCAGUCCUUUUCUAGAAGGAGCUGUCUCUUUAGAUUCUAAAAGCCACCCUGCCAAGAAGAGUACUUCCACUCUUACUACUUUACCUUUGGUCCCUCCAACCUCUGAAAGUUGCCCUGUGGCUCCAGCUGGGACUUUAUCUCCCCAGAAUGUUUCUGCUUCUCCAGCUACUGUGGCACAGGUCCCUGAAAUUCCCAAGUCUGAGUCUUUUCCCCCUCUUCCUCCAGCUGGUAUUCCUCAAGGUGCAAAGAAAGUUCAUGAUAUUUCUCAAACUUCAGCAUUGGCACCUGUGGCUUCCUCUCCUGAAGGGUACCCAGCUGAGGACUCUGGGGCUUCUGUUACUGCAUCUUCCAAAGGAACUUACCUAACUGACUCCCCAUCUCCUUUAGGGACUAGUGUGUCUCCUCAAAGCAAAAGAACUCCAACCAAGAAGGGUUCAGCUACUACUACCUUAAGUCUUGCUCCUUCUGUUUCUAAAAGUGUACCUGCUAUCCCUGAUACUCCUGCUGGAAAUCUGUCAUUCACUAUUUCUCCAGUUGAAGCUUCCUCUCUUCCAGAGGCCAAUCUUUCUUUUCAUGUCCAUAAAGGAUCACUAGCCAAGAAGCAUUCCCCUACUCCCCCAUCCCCCAAAGAGGCUCCCAUUCCCCUACCUAUGUCUCCUGCUUCCCCCAAAGCGGGGCCAGCAACCCCAUCCCCUAAAGAAACCCUAACUCCUCCACCUGUGACUCCUUCCUCCCCCAAAGGAGCCCCAGCAACUCCAUCUCCCAGAGAGUCCCCAGCUACCCCAUCUCCCAAAGAGGCCCCCACUCCCUCAGUUGUGGCUCCUCCUUCCCCCAAAGGGGGACCAGCAACCUCAUUACCUAAAGAGACCCCCACUCCUCUAGCUGUGACUCCUUCCUCCCCCAAAGGACCCCCAACUACCCCACCUCCCAAAGGAGCCCUUACUUCCCCCAAAGGAGACCCAGCAACUCCAUCUCCCGAAGAGCCCCUCACUCCGUCAGCUGCGGCUCCUCCCUCUCCCAAAGGGGGCCCAGCAACCACAUCUCCCAAAAGAGCCCCAGCUACCCCACCUCCAAAGGGGGGCUCCACUCCCCCAGCUGUGGCUCCUCCUUCCCCCAAAGGAGACCCAGCAACUCCAUCUCCCGAAGAGGCUCCUGUUCCCUCAGCUCUGACUCCUUCCUCCCUCAAAGGGACUCCAGCCCCCAUAAGAGCUCCAGCUAUCCCACCUCCCAAAGGGGAUUCCACUCCCCCAGCUGUGGCUCCUCCCUCCCCCAAAGGAGGCCCAGCAACUCCAUCUCCCAAAGGAACCUCAGCUACCCCACCUCCCAAAAGAGAUUCCACUCCCCCAGCUAUGGCUCCUCACACCCCCAGAGAGGCCCCAGCAAAUCCACUCAAAGGAGCCUCCACUCCCUCAGCUGUGGCUCCUCCCUCCCCCAAAGGGGGCCCAGCAACUCCAUCUCCCAAAAGAGCCCCAGCUACUUCACCUCUCAAAGGAGACCCUACUCCCCCAUCUGUGGCUCUUCCCUCCCCCAAAAGAGCCUCAGCAACUCUGGUCCCCAAAGAGUCUCCAGCAACCCCAGACCCCAAAGAGGUCCCCACUUCCCCAGCCAUGGCUCCUUCCUCCCCCAAAGGGGGCCCAGCAAGUCCAUCUCCCAGAAGAGCCCCAGCUGCCCCAUCUCUCAGAGGAGACCCUACUCUGCCAUCUGUGACUCCUCCCUCCCCAAAAAGAGCCUCAGCAACUCCAGCCCUCAAAGAGGUCCCUACUCCCUCAGCUGUAACUCCUCCCUCCCCCCAAAAGUCUCUAGCCCCCAAAGGGGGGCCAGCAACCUCAUCCUCCAAAGGGGCUCCCACUCCCCCAGCUGUGAUUCCUCCCUCCCCCAAAGAGGCCUGUACUUCCCCAGUUUCAGUCACAUGUCCCUUGGGCUCCACUGCACCUCAGGCAUCUAAAGGGCCCCCAAUAAAGAAAGGCCCCACGGCUCUCAAAGCAGUGCUUGAUGCUCCAGCUCUAGAAAGUGCACCACUCAUCACAGCUCCCACCCAGAAGAAGAGUUCUAUUUCACCUCCUGUGUGCCCAGAUCCCUCAACUCAGAAUGGUACUAAAGGAUCCCUUCCUACAGUGGCUCCAGCUCCUCUACUGACAGUCUGCACUCAGAAAGGUUCUCCAAAGGCUCCAAAAGCCCUCCCUAUUUCUCUUUUAAAGGGCAAAGACUCUUUCCAUUCCCCAAAGGGCCCCUUGGCUCCUCCUGAGUCUGAGACGUCUACCCCUUCAGUAGCAGCUGCCCCAGAGAAGGUCCUUCCUAAAGCUGGAUCUGCAUCUGUCUCUCCAGCACCUACCCCAUCAGUCUCUCUGCCUCUUGCUCCCUCCCCAGUUCCCCCUUUGCUCCCUAAACAGCAAUCUCUGCCGUCCUCACCUGGGCUGGUGCUGGAAUCACCCCGUAAGCCCUCAGCCCCUGCUGAUGAGGAUGAGCUGCCGCCUCUGAUUCCCCCGGAACCAAUCUCGGGGGGAGUGCCUUUCCAGCCGGUCCUCGUCAACAUGCCCACCCCCAAACCUGCUGGGAUCCCUGCCCCAACCCCCUCUGCCAAGCAGCCUGUUCUGAAGAAUAAUAAGGGGUCUGGAACAGAAUCUGAUAGUGAUGAAUCAGUACCAGAGCUUGAGGAACAGGAUUCUACACAGGCAACUACACAACAAGCCCAGCUGGCAGCGGCAGCUGAAAUCGAUGAAGAACCAGUCAGUAAAGCAAAACAGAGCCGGAGUGAAAAGAAGGCACGGAAGGCUAUGUCCAAACUGGGUCUUCGACAGGUUACAGGGGUUACUAGAGUCACUAUCCGGAAAUCUAAGAAUAUCCUUUUUGUCAUCACAAAACCAGAUGUAUACAAGAGCCCAGCUUCAGAUACCUACAUAGUUUUUGGGGAAGCCAAGAUCGAGGAUUUAUCUCAGCAAGCACAGUUAGCAGCUGCUGAGAAAUUCAAAGUUCAAGGUGAAGCUGUCUCAAACAUUCAAGAAAACACACAGACUCCAACUGUACAAGAGGAGAGUGAAGAGGAAGAGGUUGAUGAAACAGGUGUGGAAGUUAAGGACAUAGAAUUGGUCAUGUCACAAGCAAAUGUGUCGAGAGCAAAGGCAGUCCGAGCCCUGAAGAACAACAGUAAUGAUAUUGUAAAUGCUAUUAUGGAAUUAACAAUGUAACCAUCUUGAAAAGAGGACCUUUUUUUGGUGUUUCAAAAGAGUAACUGCAGCUGGGUUUGAAAUUUGUACUGUUUCUAUCAUUAAUAAAGUUAUGGCUUCUUGUUGGAUGAA